AUGGCCCAGGAUCAGCCAUGUGCCGUGUCCAGGGAUCGAGUGAGGUCAAUAUACCUUGACAGCCUCAAGUGGAAAGAGGCCAACCGACAAGGCACUCCGCCUAUUUUCCUCCCUCGGCGCACCGAUAUCCAUUCAGACAAAGACCUGCUGAUGAUCUUUACAAGCAAAGAGCAAAAGCGGCGGGCUCGGCAGUGGUGUCAAGCAUACUACUAUGCCGCACAGGACCCGGAGGGCCAUAUCCCUUUGCUCGACAAGACCAUGGGAUCUCUUCUGCGCUGCAACUUCGAGGGCACCCUUGGCGAGGACGCCAUCAUCACUCAGGCAUGUGCUCUCCUAUCACGCUUACCACGAACGCCGCACCUUCCUGCCUCGCUCUCUGAGCAGUUCAAAGACAGUACAUUACCUUGGCUCUAUUUUGGAGGCCUCCACUCCGGCUGCCCGACACUGAACCAGGACAGCUGGCAUGAGUUACUUGUGACCAACUGGGUUGAUACAAACUGUAUCCGGCUGGCGUUAACGAUCGUUGAGAUCCGUGACGAGAUGACGUUUAUUGGCACAACGGGGAACUAUGUGAACACCCUUGCAGAGUUGGUGGAAACAGCAUUCAGCCUCGCGGCCGAAACAAACGAUACAGCCGAUCACAGGCAUUGGCUAGUUGCCCAAAGCUUCCUCUGGACAUGCUGGUGCCGAUCUUUGAUGCUUCAUUUCCACUAUCACCUGGAUCUGCAACUUCGAGCCGGAUACGAUGCCGAGCGAAAUGCGUCCUUGAAUGUGCAUCUACCACUACUUGGCGACGGGACAACCCUCAAUUCGUCCGAGGAACUGCCACCGUACAUGUGCACCUGGGCCUUUGGGCUGUUGAAAUUGGACAGAGCUUCCCUUGGCCAAGAUUUCCGUGGCUUUCGAAAUCGAUUCUGUACCAUGUUUGGUGAAAGGCCAGGAAGGUGUAUUCUCACGUCUUCGCAGGCUUGCAACGGACAAGGACCGGCGCACUGCCAACGUUUUACAGGCAUGAAGAUAGUUGAUCAAUCGGCACAUGACUUCGGGUGUAACGGUUGUUGUGACAGAAUAGUCUGGGACGAGGUCAGCUAUCGUAAUAUUGACGGCGCGAGAGCGGUAUCGAUUCAAGACUCCGACCAUGCCGUCAUUCGAUACUGUCAAGCAUCUCCAAACACAUUGAGCGUCUCACAUGUCUGGGCUCACGGCGCUGGGGGGAGACCCAAUACAGGGAUGAAUGCUUGCCUGCACGCACGACUCGUGCAGCUGGCCCACGAGAACGACUGUGACUCUUACUGGAUGGACACGCCUUGUAUUCCAGAGCACCAUGACCUCCGUUCCGAGGCGAUCGCUAACAUCAACCGAAUCUUCACCAUGAGCAGAAUAACGCUCAUAUGGGAUCGGGACAUAAUGUCCAUUGAUAUUAGUGACGACUCGAUAGAGACGAUAGAGAUCUUGCUUUCCACCCUUCUCGUCUGCGAUUGGAACGUCAGGUCUUGGACCUUGCUGGAGUCGAUGAGAGCCCGUCACAAUGUUCAUCUUCUGUGCAAAGACAACCGAAUCAUCUCAUUCAAGGAAUGCCUAAUGAAGGUCCACGAGAAGGGGGCAAUCGCCAUCUCUAACCUCUUUCUUACUCAUCAGCAGCUCCUUCCGGCUCAGCCUCCGUCGCUAUUCCAGCAAACUCCCCAGGGAGAAAUUGUCAGGCGUCGCGAUGGGUAUAUAUCUGUGGAAGAGUCUAUCUGCUUGCUAGCUUAUCGGCACGCAUCGCGCCCAGGGGACAGCACAGUGAUCAUGAGCUUGUUGCAUGAUACGACACCAGCAUACACCACGGAGAUGUUUUGGAAAUCCAAGGUUAACAGCAUCAUUCAUACAGGGAUCCUGUUUUCUGCCCAUCCGAGACUCCAAUGUCAGGGUUUUGGUUGGGCUCCAGCUCAACCUGAGGUGUCCUGCCUGGCCAUCACAUCGCCCACACAAGCACCGUCACAGCACCUGGUGUAUGACGGCGCAGGAACGUCCGUUGCCAUUAUUACCAAAGACGGCCUUGAUGCUCAAUUCACGACAUUUGAAGUAUUCACUCCUUCACAAAGCAGGUUUCCACGCGUCACAGCUUGGAAGGAUGCUUUUCUCCCCGGCCAGGGCAGAGGCAUUGACUUUCCAGCACGUCGAGCCCUGGAGGAAUUUCAGCUGCAUAAACAUCGCCACGCCUUGUUCGUGCUCCCUUCCAAAUCCAUCUCGGGCGCUGCGGGGUAUCAUGUAUACCGCGGACCCUGCAAUGGCGCAGUCUUCGGGGUGAUUGGCUCGAAUGACAAGGCUCGCAAGAUUUGGCACUGGCUUGGAGUCUUCGAGUGGGAUUCUAAAGCUCCCUGGCCUCAAUUGAGACGCGAGGUUGAGAGCAUCUUCUUGGUAUGA